UGUGUCUAUAAAAGGAAGAGGCGGCGGCGCCGGCGCGCAGUUUCCCGUUUGCGCGAGCGUCUGAGUUUGCGUUUUUCGUCAUGUCUGGCCGUGGUAAGCAAGGAGGCAAGGCCCGCGCCAAAGCCAAGUCGCGGUCGUCCCGCGCCGGCCUGCAGUUCCCGGUGGGGCGUGUGCACCGGCUGCUGCGCAAGGGUAACUACGCGGAGCGCGUGGGCGCGGGCGCGCCCGUGUACAUGGCGGCCGUGCUGGAGUACCUGACGGCUGAGAUCCUGGAGCUGGCGGGCAACGCGGCCCGCGACAACAAGAAGACGCGCAUCAUCCCGCGCCACCUGCAGCUCGCCAUCCGCAACGACGAGGAGCUCAACAAGCUGCUGGGCAAAGUGACGAUCGCACAGGGCGGCGUCCUGCCCAACAUCCAGGCCGUGCUGCUGCCCAAGAAGACCGAGAGCCACCAUAAGGCGAAGGGCAAGUGAGGCCGCUGCCCGCACCGUGGCGGCUCGCGUCCCGGGACGCCCGCGAACUCAAAGGCUCUUUUCAGAGCCACCCACUCCUUCAGAUUAAAGAGUUGUGUCACGGUA